ACCCAUCAUGGAAGCAAGGAAGAGGAUGGAGGAUGUAGGCUGAAGAUUGCUGCAGUCUCUUCUUCAUGGGAGCUGAGCAAUAAAACAAGAUGGGUUGAUACAUAAGGAUUUCCUGUUGAUGAUUUGUGUUAUGAUGGCACCACAAGAGUUUAAGCCGUAAAGUAUAGGAUAUUCAUCAAAAGUUCAAAUUAAAUUCAUUUAAAAAGAAAUGGCCGAAGCUAUACCACGGUCUCCUGCCGAUUUUUCAGCCGCAGAUGAUUUAUCACUGCCAGCACCCUCAUCACCUCUGAUGUCUCAUUUAAACCCGUUACAUAUCCGAGAGAGAAGCAACAGUGAGUCGGACAUUGCAACACUUAGUCCACAGAACUUAUCAUGUCUAGAAGUGGACAGGAGUUUUGUGGACCUGUCAAAUGACAGCACUAUCACUGUUCAAUGGGACAUUAAGGAGGAUGUGGGCUCCAAUGACCUCAUUGGUCUUUAUCCUUCAGGUGAGACUGAUUCUUCCAAGUUUUUGGACAGUAAGAAUCGCGGUGUGAAUGGUGGACAGACAGGUCAGAUACUGUGGGAUCUAACGGAGGUCAUCCAUCACUUUACAGAUGUGGAAUCCCGCAUAACAUUCAAGUACUUCCUGGGGACAACUGGAGAGCUGGUCGCGACAAGUCAGUCAGUGUGUGUGAAGAAUCCAAUGGUCACAUCACAGACAGAGGAGGAUGGUACAGUGACUGGUCUGGAAAGCAAAGAAGAGUCUGUCGCUAAACUAAACAAACUCAAGCUCACCAUAGCAGAUGUGGAAGCCAAAAAUCUUAAAAAAGGAAUGUUUUUCAACCCUGACCCCUACAUCAAGAUGACAAUUCACCCAGGAAAGCUAUGUCCGUCCACAUCCCACCACCAUCAUGAGUUACGAACAAGUAUAUGUCCAAACACCACCAACCCACACUGGCCCCAUGCGACAUUUGCAUUUGAAUCGUAUCCAACUGAUAUAAUGGAAUUUGAAAUCAAAGACAAAUUUGCCAAAAGUCGUCCAACAAUCAGUCGUUUCCUGGGUCGGGCUGCACUGACUGUACAGAAAGUGAUGGACAAGUCUGGUAAAAGUCCUGUAUCUUUUUGCUUGGACCUGACCAAGAGAAAUCCAUCAGAUAGUGUGAGUGGCAUUCUGAAAUUUAGUGCAGGCAUAGACACCUGGAAGGAAGGUGACACGGCCAAACGCAAGACAGCUACACUUAAACAUGCACAAUCUGAAGAUGAAGGUCAGACAAAAAGAGAAAGGAAGCCAAAUUUCCGAAAGUCCUCUUUACCAGAAAAUAUCGCCCUACAGAGGAGUGUAAAUCGGUGUCCAUUGCACCAUCACACUGACCUUGAAAUGGCAAUGACAGCUGAUGACAGCAACUCGGAGGACCAGGAGGAUUCUGGGAUAUCAAUGUAUAAUAUCUCAAACUCACAAAGCCGUAUCCCUGGCGAUGUAGACAUUGACUUGGUGGAGAAUAAAGAGGAACUACUUAGCUGUAGUCCUCCCAAUCUUGCGUCAGUUCCAAGUAUAAUAUGUGAUUUUCAUAACCAUCUUGAUGUACCCAACUCGCGGACUGAUGAAACUGUGACUCCGUCUAGUAGUGAUAAUUCAGGGGGCUCAGAGAUUACUCCUGAGCCAAAUCACAGACAGAAUGUCCCGUCACUGGAUGCAUGGGUGACCACAACUUUGUCCAGUGACGAUCACAGCCUAACAGUCCCUAGCAUGGCCUCGGAUUCGUCUGACGGCUGGACUGCGGCUGUGUCCACCGACCCUGUUGUGGAUAGUAAUGGGGAUAUAGAUUCUACAGGACUAGAUUCUGCGGCUGUGUUAGAGGCAGAGAAUGCUCUGGAGUCUGCUGCUGUGUUAGAGGCAAAGAAUGCUCUCACAUCUAGUAAAACAAGGGCUAGCAAGCCUUUACCUUUAAUACCCAGUGAUUGUACUCAACCGAAUGAUCAGGAUUCCAUGGACAACAGCUCGUUUAAUCAAAUAUUACCUGGGGAGGGGACAUCUUGUGGUCCCUCAUCUCCUAGGGAGGGGACAUCUUGUGAUCUCUCAUCUCCUAGGGAGGGGACAUCUUCAUCUUGUGGUCCCUCAUCUCCUAGGGAGGGGACAUCUUGUGGUCUCUUAUCUCCUAGGGAGGGGACAUCUUGUGGUUUCUCAUCUCCUAGGGAGGGGACAUCUUAUGGCCUCUCUUCUCCUAGGGAGGAGACAUCAUGUGGUCUCUCAUCUUCUAGGGAGGGGACAUCUUGUGGCCUCUCUUCUCCUAGGGAGGGGACAUCAUGUGGCCUCUCUUCUCCUAGGGAGGAGACACCUUGUGGUCAAUCUUCUGGAAAUGUGAUAGCUGCAGAUCUUUCCUUGCCAGUAGUAUGUAGUGGUGUUAGUGAUAUGAAUGUGAUAGUUUCGGAUGUGACUUCUUCGGAUGUUAUAAGUGUGAUAUCUAGCACAGUGGUGUCCCCAGUAGCGGAUUCUAGUGCCUCAGGGUGUGUGAUAGGUGGUGCAACUUCUCUGGGGCACAUGACGGAUGGAGGUAUUGGUGAUGGAGUAGACAACAUGGCAGGUAGUGUGGUGACUAAUGGUGAGGUGGUAUCACCGUGUGUGGCACCACCUAGCUUGCCACCGCGGACGUACAAAGCUCCGCCACUGCCACCGAGACAGCGGAGUGAUGAUGCACCACCUCUACCACCACGUACGCCAGAGAGGAACGACAAACCUUCCUUCACACCAGGCGCACUCAUGAGCCCUGGAACUUCUUCUUUGGUACCGGAACCUGGAUCUUUAGAGCUGCCCCCACCUCCCCUCCCACCUCGUAGGUACAGCCCUAUCCCUCACCUCUCUGUAGGUGGAGGGGCUGUGGGGGCAGUGUUAGAGCGAGAGGAUAGUGCCAGUGACAGAAACAGCUUCGACAGCAUGGAAACUUUUCAAGGUUCACAGGAGAAUCUCUUGUCUGAAUCUCCUAAUGUGAUAGGUGCGGAGGGUGUGACAACCCGCCCACGUGCCAUGCGUACAGACAAUGAUGCCCCAGGGCUGGAGGAGGAGGGUGGUAAGAAACGACGGAGAAGGAAAAAGAAUUCAGGGGAUAGUAGUAGCAAUAGUAGUUUGAGUGAAUCGCCUCUGCAUAAUGGUAGUAAGAGUGGAAGACACAAUGAGUCACCCCAGGGUGGUAAGAGUAAUCGACACAGCACCAGUGAUCCAUCCCUGCCCCCGACUGGUAAGGCAGGAAGCAAUAGACAAAACAGCAGUGGGGGAGGGGGCAGCGGCACAGUGUUUGCUCAGCUUGCCAUGCUCCCCUCCAUCGAGUCAGUUGUGUCAAGGGACUCGCGUAGAUCCUCCACCAGCCCGAGUUCACGGUCAGUGGAGGUAAGUCCACGUGCUAGUCCAUUAUCUAUGCAAACUUCAUAUUCGGACUCUGUGUCAGAUAGGUCGCGUUACUCCAACAGGCGCAGCCUGCCACACAACGACACGACCUUCAAGCAGGCUGACCUCCUCCAUGCCACACCCCAGCGUCCUCAAUAUGACAGACAUUCGGGUAUCAUAUCUGCUACUCCCAAUAGCGCCUCACCCCCCAGGGUAGUGCCGAGAGGUAGGAUUCUCAGUGAAGAAGAGAAACAACAAAAUAGGGAACAAAUUGUUCAACAAUUACAGAAAUGGACUCAGAAAUUAAAGGAUAAAGGAAAAAGUGAUACGGACGACACAAUUUCUGUCACAAGUAGUGAGGGAACAGUCAGUGGUUGUGAUAAUUUAAGUUUUCAGAAUGAUGCGACAGGUGUUUUAGCCCCACAGGUUCCUUCCAGUGCUCAGUCUCCGGCCCAUCCAACAGCUGGUAGCAGGGCAUCUGUGGCAUCCAACUCCUCCGAGACUCUGAGCUCUACAGCUGAGGGAGGUAAUGUUGCGGACAACGUUGACGGUGAUAAGAAUGGUAGCAGUAGUAAACCAAGUGAUGCGUCGCCCUCCAACGCAGUGGUCUGGCAACUACGACAGCCUCAGCAAAAUUCAUCCAACUCAAGUCAAAGCCAGCGUCAAAGUAAAGAAGGUAGUCAGUCCCCAUUGCCAAAACUCCCUGCCAGAAAGAAGUAUGUCCGCGUUGAACCCACCCCUGGGGACGAACCCCUGCCCCCUGGCUGGGAGGCUAGAGUGGACAGUCAUGGACGUAUAUUCUAUAUCGACCAUAUAAACCGUACAACAACCUGGCAAAAACCUCAGAAUGGUCAGCGAGCCGUCCAAAGGCGGCCGACCAUCAGCUCUGAACAGAGACAACAGUUGGACAGAAGAUAUCAAAGCAUUAGGAGAACUAUCACACAGAGCCAGCAGGACACCGAGAACACAUCGGCAGAGAGCACUUCAUCAGGAGGGAGUGACAACAGUCCUCAGACGUCAGCCCAGUCUCGUAUCCCUGUACCUCCCCCGCCUACACUGCCACCUACAGAAAUCCAGGACAACAGACUACCAGCCAUCAAAUUUCUUACCCGUUCAGACUUCUUCCCGAUUCUUCAGAGCAAUGAUAGAGCUAUGGUGGAGUAUAACCGAAACGGAACAUUAAAACAUAUGAUCAGUAAAAUCCGAAGAGAUGCCAAAAACUUUGAUCGAUACCAACAUAAUCGAGACCUUGUAUCUUUUAUGAAUCUAUUUAUCGAUACAAACAAAGAACUUCCAUCUAACUGGGAAAUGAAGUUUGACCGCAGUGGAAAGCAUUUCUUCAUUGACCACCAUCGGCGACUGACAACGUUUAUAGAUCCACGUUUACCUACUGAUGUCCCUCCAAUCAAUCCAGAUUUCCUCCAUACCUCGCUCUUCCGCAACAGAUCACGGCCAACUGUCGAUGACCAAAGUCGAAUUCAGCAUGCUCCCCCGCCCCCACCGCGACAUGUGGCAGUGACGGAGGUAGAGGAUAUUCCCACCACUUACAAUGACAAGGUGGUGGCGUUCCUUAGACAACCAAACUUGCCAGACAUCCUGAAGGAAACUUAUCAAGGGUACAGCAGUCACCGUCUCCGUGACAAAAUUAAUCGGAUACGCUCCGAAGGAACAGAGGCUCUCGACAAGAUGUGCAAUGAUAUGGAUCUUAUUUUACUUUUGAGUGUAUUUGAGAAUGAUAUAAUGUCAUAUGUGCCUCCACACCUGGUUCUCACCAGGACAGAAUCCCCAGGGGAGACACCGCAGGGCUCACCUAUUCAGAGAGCCAAUGUACGAGUUCCUGCACCAUACAAACGUGACUUCCAAGCCAAAUUGAGAAGUUUUUACAGAAAACUUGAGUCUAAAGGAUACGGCCAGGGACCUUCAAAGUUAAAGUUGAUGGUGAGACGAGACCAUGUAUUAGAAGAUUCAUUUAACAAGAUCAUGUCUACACCCAAGAAAGAGCUGAUGAAGAGUAAAUUAUACAUCACAUUUGUCGGCGAAGAGGGGUUGGACUAUGGAGGCCCUUCCAGGGAGUUUUUCUUCCUGCUGUCUCGUGAGCUCUUCAAUCCGUACUAUGGUCUGUUUGAGUAUUCUGCUAAUGACACGUACACUGUACAGAUUAGUCCUAUGUCUACUGUGGUGGAGAAUAAUCUCGAGUGGUUCCGCUUCGCUGGUCGAGUGCUGGGACUCGCUGUUGUUCAUCAGUAUUUAUUGGAUGCUUUCUUCACACGGCCAUUCUACAAAGCAUUACUGCGAGUCCCAUGGUCACUGGGAGAUGUUGAAGCACUGGAUGCUGAAUUCCAUCAGAGUUUGUUGUGGGUGAAGGAAAAUGAUAUUACAGAAUUAGAUAUGGAUCUGACGUUCUCUGUUAAUGAGGAAGUGUUUGGACAGGUGACUGAGAGGGAACUGAAGCUGAAUGGUAAAACCCUGGCUGUCACAGAAAAGAAUAAAAAGGAAUACAUUGAGAGGAUGGUGAAGUGGAGGCUGGAGAGAGGAGUAACCGAACAGACAGAGGGACUCAUUCGAGGUUUUCAUGAGGUCCUGGAUGGUCGCCUUGUGUCCAUGUUUGAUGCAAGGGAGCUGGAGCUGGUGAUAGCAGGAACCGUAGAAAUAGACGUCCAUGAUUGGAGGAGAAACACGGAAUACAGAUCUGGAUACCAUGAUCAGCAUCCUGUGGUACAGUGGUUCUGGACAGCCAUAGAAAAGUUUGACAAUGAAAGGAGACUUCGACUCCUGCAGUUUGUCACCGGUACUUCCAGCAUACCUUACGAGGGUUUCUCUGCUCUGCGAGGAAGUAAUGGACCAAGGAAGUUCUGUAUAGAGAAAUGGGGGCGGAUCAGCAGUCUACCUAGGGCCCACACAUGUUUCAACAGACUAGAUCUACCUUCUUACACCUCUUUUGACAUGCUGUUUGAGAAGUUAGUGACAGCCGUGGAAGAAACAAGCACGUUCGGUAUAGAAUAAGAUCAUCGCCCUGCUUACUUGAUGCUGAAAAACACUUGGAAUGGACACAUGAAGAAGACGAAGCGGAUUCUAUUUCAUCCGGAAUAUGCAGUGAUGUUUCAGAUAUCCUCAGAAUCAGUUUCGGUUUAGAUGAGUUGCCAUAUUUCAGGGAACAGAGUUAAACAUAUUAAUGGUGUACCAACCCACGGUUAAGUCUAAAGGCCAAAAACCACAGUAAAAACGUCAGUGAUUUCAUGUGCAAUUUGUGAAGGCAUAAUUGUUGUUAUAAGAAGCUGUCAUUUCUGUGAGGGCAUUAGCUAAAGUUGUCUAGAAGACACGUUUGGUUCCCACCUUGAAAUCCAUAUAUACUUAGUGCUCAGUCACUUCUGUCUGAAUCUCGCUCAAAAACCAAUAUCAGAUGAUUUAUGUAAAAACGUGUAGUGACGUGUUGUUUGGCUUUUUAUAUUCAAUGAUACAUAUCUAAAUUUCACAUGCUACAGUUUUAUACCCCACUAUUGAAUAGUGGUAAGAAUCCUAUCUAGUAUGAGGCAUACAUUUUACCUAAUUCUACAUCUAGUGGUUAUGACUUGGAUAUUAAAACUUCUACAGGAGUAUUUUCUCUGCCUUAUUUCAUUGGUUUUAACCUGGCAUAAUAGAAAUGAUAUUCAGGUGUUGUACCUUUUAAAAAUUAUCAUUGACUCAUUUUUAGCACAUAUAAAACAAAGGCAUGACAUUUUUCUCUCUUUCACUGAAUGUUAAGAGACAAACCCCGAUAUCUUUUGGGACGACAGAAGUAUUUUUCUUGGGCAUUCGUGUUAAAAUUGUGUGUAAUUUUAGUGUACCAGAAGGUUUGACAUAUGUUGUGCCGAAUGUUAAUCAAAUGUACGUUCAUCAUUGUAAUCCUCCCCAAACAAGGAUAAAAGUACUGUGUGUUGGAGAGACAGUGCAAAGUGACCUCAAAACUUGCCCACCUUACUCGCGGGAGGUAUGACGGAUAUCAAAUUUUAUCUAUUUAUUUAUACUGUUGUUGUCCAAAUUGAACACGAGGUAUACUAUUGUAGUAAAGAUAGAUAUGUGUUGUCCCUGUAUAAUCUCAGUCCUCAUGCUGUUAAAUAUAUUAAUCACAUCAUUUCAUUAACUAGAUAUUAAGAUAUUCACCACCUCAAUCAAGUUUAUCUACUUCUGCUAAAACAUCAUUUUUAAACCUCUUUUAUGUUGACAAUGAUAUUAGAAAUGUCUCCCUACCAUCUGUCAAAAACCAGUGCCAAUCUUGUUUGUUUUCAUGGGUAUUCUCCUUCAGUCUUAUUUCAAAUUUAUCAACUUUGACUUUUAAAUUUCCACAUUUUAAGUGACUACACAAAUGCCUACACUUUUUGUUAUAAAAUCACAAAUUAACGUUUAUAUAUGAAGCAUGUUUACAAUCAGCAAGUGAAAGUUAAAUGUGAUCUACAGAUAAUAUACAUAUGUAUAUAUAUCUGAAACAGAUUAAUGAUCUUUACACAAUAAUUAAUUGAUAGUGAUCUACAUUUUGACAUUCAUCUUGUAUUGUUUUAAUGUCAGAAAUGUCCUUAGUCUCAAAUUUUGUUGUUUUUUCCCCCCGCGUACUUUCGUUAUUCACAAAAGCCAUGGAAAUAUGUGUUUUCGCCAUGUAAACAAUGUAAUGCAAAGUCUGUUAUUGUCACUUUCUACAGACAAUCUUGAUAUGGAAUCAUAUUUAGCUUUCAUCAUACAAGAAGUGGGAUAAAUAAAUAAAAAAGAAUGCGGGUUUAUGACAUUGUGUCAGAUCUGAAUGCUGUAUGUGAUGGUUUACACUUUACUGACAGCCCAAAACAUAGACCAGCUUUCUUACCUAUAAUAAUCGGGUAAAGUUUUGUACAUCGUACGAUAUAUCAGCACUUCCUCUGAUCUAUUUAUGGCUUAGGUUGUUUUUCAUAUUGUUCUGUUUAAUUCAAUAAUAUUGUGCAUAAAAUCUUUUUGUUUAGAAUCUCCUGUUAGUUUUCUUUCAGUAUGAGAUUAUGAAGUUCUUCAGAAAUGUUUUUAUUUUCCUUGGCAAAUUCUUACCUCAUUUCUUUACUUUCACUAUUGAAUGGGAACUUGAAUGUGUAAUGUAUUGUAUAUCAGCCAUACUGUUGGCGUCGUCCUCCAGCCAUACUGUUGGCGUCGUCUUCCAGCCUUACUGUUGGCGUCGUCCUCCAGCCGUACUGUUGGCGUCGUCCUCCAGCCGUACUGUUGGCGUCGCUCUCCAGCCGUACUGUUGGCGUCGCUCUUAAGUCGUACUGUUGGCGACGUUCUCCAGCCGUACUUUUGGCGUCGUCCUCUAGCCGUAUUGCUGGCGUCUCUCUCCAGCCGUACUGUUGGCGACAUCCACCAGCCGUACUGUUGGCGUUGUCCUCCAGCCGUACUUUUGGCGUCGCUCUUAAGUCGUACUGUUGGCGACGUUCUCCAGCCGUACUUUUGGCGUCGUCCUCUAGCCGUAUUGUUGGCGUCGUCCUCUAGCCGUAUUGUUGGCGUCUCUCUCCAGCCGUACUGUUGGCGACAUCCACCAGCCGUACUGUUGGCGACAUCCACCAGCCGUACUGUUGGCGUUGUCCUCCAGCCGUACUGUUGGCGUAGUCGUCUAGCAGUACUGUUGGCGACGUCCACCAGCCAUACUGUUGGCGUCGUCCUCCAGCCAUACUGUUGGCGUCGUCCUCCAGCCAUACUGUUGGCGUCGUCCUCCAGCCAUACUGUUGGUGUCGUUCUAUUAAUUGUAGGGCAAUCCUUGUAAAUUAGAAAAUGGACUCACAAUAUGGACAGAUGUUGCCAUUUAAGGGAUUUCCUGGUAUGUUUUGUGUACAUUUUCUACAAUAUUCUGUGCUCUAACUUUUUUGUUAUUAUUAGAAAUCUAUUAUUGUCAUUCAUUUAUACGCUAUGGUCUGUUAUUUUGGCAGAAAUAUUAUUUUUAUCACUCUUCAAUCUGACACUCUAUAAUCUGGCGAUUGCAGCUUCUGUAAAUUAUUUUCUAUACCAAAUUUUAUGACCUAGUGAAUCUUGCAAAAAUGGUAAUGUUUGAGUACACUAAAAUAUGUACGUUCAGGGUAUUUAAUUUUUCUUGAAUCAUCACUGAUGAAGAAUUAAACACUGUUUUGUUUGUUAAAUCAAUUAAAAAGAUGACUCCCAGCUGGUGAAGAGCAGGACUUCACGAUUUGAAAUGCUUACCACUAGAUAUUGUUCUAGUAUCAAAGAAGUUAAAGUUUCUCCAUAAAUAAGUAAAAUUAUUUAUCCUUUGAUACUUAGUAUACUCUUCAUGUUUGUAUAAGUAGCUUCAUGUUAUCAUUAUAUCAAAUGACUUUCCUCAUGAAAUAAUCUAUGCCUCAUUCAAUAAACUGUUAUUUAAACGUUAUUCAGUGUCGGGGUAAACGUAAUUCAGUGUCGGGGUAAACGUUAUUCAGUGUCGGGGUAAACUUUAUUCAGUGUCAGGGUAAACGUUAUUCAGUGUCGGGUAAACUUUAUUCAGUGUCGGGUAAACGUUAUUCAGUGUCAGGUAAAAUUCGCUGUAUAAUCUCAGUAUCAGCCAAGCAAAACCAUGUCCUAUACCACAUCUGAUAAACCAUCCUUAUGUGCUCAAAUUUUCUUGUAAUUCACAGAAAUCUUAUGGCCGACCAUUUGUACCAUAUCAUCUGUUAUGACUGUUGUACUACGUGUAUUCUUGCCGUUACAUGAAAUUCCUGCCCUUGAGGAAUACCACAUAAAGUCCGAUUUAGAGACGCCAUAGUAACUAGUGGUGAUGUGUAUGAUUGGUAAUCAUUUAUUGUACAGUUAGGUGUAUACAUCUUUAUGUCUAAGUUAUGUAGGUCUGUAUAUAUUGGAGUUGUAAUGUGAUGUUGGUGUAUAUAUUGGAGUUGUAAUAUGCUAGGCGUAUAUAAUCCUUUCCUCUUUAGGAUUUUGAUGAGCUCAGGAUUGAUGUUGUGUAUCCUGUCUGCUUCGUCAAUCAACAUCUCAGAUAUUUGUCGUGUAAUUCACCUUCCUUGUUCCAUUACUAGGUAAUUGGUUGUCACAAUGUACUAUACUCUAUUACUAGUAAUGGUGUCAGUGAAAUAAACAGCAGUAUUCUAAUCACUCAAAUCAAUCUCAAAACCUCAUCUGUCAUAAUUAACAUCCUUUUUCUUAUCUUAAGUCAUAAUUAAUUCUUAGGCCUGUUCAUUUCAUUUUAAAGGGGAGAUUCAAUGAGCAUCUGUGUAUUUAACAGCUAGGCAGAUAGUUGAUUGGACAAACCUGAUGCUGGCAGACGCGGACUGUCCUGUCUUGCAAAAAGACGUGGCGAUAUGGUAUACACCGCCGAGCUGGUAACCCAGGGGUUGUACUAUACAAUAGGGUCCCUGCUUCAAACAAAUCACAAUCCUAAUAUAUAUUUAUCAGUUGUGGUGAUAAAUCUGUCAUUUGCCAAAAUAAAUAUUAAAAUAUAAUUGUAAUAUUAAAAUGUGGUUAUAAGAUGUUGUUCAUGUAAUCUAUACACUUGUACAAUGUAUAAGUAGAACAUUAAUUUUGGUCAGUAGAGAAAUAUUGAAAUGGCAUGUGAUUUUAUUUUGAAUUGUAUAAACUGCUAAUAGAUUUGGUCCUAUCCACUCGGCUUCAUGUAAGGCAAAAUAUAUAGUAAUUAAGGUAGUAACCUUAAUUAUGUAUGGCGUUGUAUGGCAAUGUAUGGCGUUGCUUUUUCCGUCCGUUCCAUGCCAGGCAAUUAUUCACAAAAACAGCAGUGUAUGCUUAAUUCAGUCAGUAUUGUAUAGUUCAGAUAGUGAUUUAUAGUAUAAAGUAGGACGUUGUCUAUAAUGGAUGAUUGCUCUUUAAUAAUAUAUUCCUCAAUUUGUUAAGUAAGGACUAAUGAUCAAGUUUGUGGAUAGUUUGUCUCGAAUGAAGCUAAGGAAAUAGUUUUUAAUAUUUCAAGAAAAAAAUAAAUUAAUUAUAAUGUUGUUGGAAAUUAUAUAGGACACAGUUUGCUAAGGUUGUGGAGCCAUAGGUUAUUGCGGAGGACCAGAAAUGUUUCUCCAUGAAUAGUAGUAGUUAGCAUUCCUUUCCACUGUCAGCUCGACUUUCACUGAUGUUGAGGUUCUGCAUGUAACAUUAUUGUAUGGUUACCAUAUACAUUAGAUAAAUGUAGACCUUGUCUCUAUGUUGUUUUUGUUUACACCAAUUUUCACUCCUGUAUACUAAGAACUUCCCAUUAAUAUAUUAAUUCUUUAAUAUAAUUAUGUAUUAAAUCUUGCAUACUUAUCUGAAGUUUUACAUUUUAAUAUUUAAACAUCAUGAUAAUGCAAAUAGCAAGCUCUUUAUGCAAUAUAUGUAAACAUAUAUACAUUAUGUGUUGUAAGUUUUUUUUUUAAUAAGUCCAUUCAUUGUACGCUGAAUUGUAUCCUGUCAAGUCAAAGUUUAUUGUAUGUUCUGGACAGGAAUAAAUUAUUUUAAUUGAG